UCAUCCGUUUGCUUCGUGCAAAGCCUUUCCGAAGAAGCAAGCUCGACAGGUUUGUCAGACGGGCGGGUGGCAGCGAGGAAAACGCUUUGGCGCUCUUCUCUCCUGUUCUCUUUUCCACAUUCCCCACGGAUUUCCCAAUCCCAGAUCAGUCCUUUUCCACUUCUCCCAGAGAAUCGGGGUUGUUCGGUGACAUUGUGUUUCCAUUAUUGAUCUUAAGAUCAGAGGAAUUAACAUGACUGCUUAUAAUCAGAGUGACUGGACAUCGCUAGACUGCCCAUCUUUCACCAGAGGCGAUUCCUACUUUCUGGUCAAAUUCUCGUUUUGGGUGGAAGGUGUGGCUCAAACCUCGAUUGCCACUCUUGGCAUAUUGGGCAACUUGAUAUCUUGCCUCAUAUUAACCAGAAAGGACAUGAGGAAUUCGUUCAAUCUUCUCUUGGUCACCCUGGCCGCCUACGACAUCUGGUAUCUUUUUGGCGCCAUUCUUGAGAGCUUCCGGAAAAGCUUCAAUUUGGCGUCCGAUCUUCAUAUACUCAUGUUCCCCUACUUCCUCUACCCUUUGCACCAAACCUCAAUGACUGGCAGCAUCUUCAUGACUGUGGCCAUCGCUUUUGAGCGCUAUUCAGCCGUUCAUUUCCCUAUCAACUACAGUCAGAGCUUGAAUGAAAAGUCCGCUGUGAAGAAGCGUCUGUUCCAAUAUUUGCUCCCAGUUGGAAUCCUCGCGUUUCUCUUCAAUGUGCCCAAGUUUCUGGAGGCGGAUAUUGCUUAUGAGGCCAUCUCUCCUGGGAAAACCUCUCUUGUUGAGUACAAUGAGACCAUUAAUCGGAGCUACAACCACAUUCAACGCAAUCUAAGCAACCCCAUCGACCUUUGGAAUAAUGGCAGCUAUCUCCAUGGGAAUGAGAAUUUCACCAACGCUGAAAAGGAGGUUGACUGGCAACCGUACUUGAGGAUCACGCCACUCCGAACAAACCCCAUUUAUUCGAACUACAACAACUGGAGUCGCUUGCUUCUUCUUGGAAUACUCCCAUUCCUUCUUUUGGUGUUCUUCAACGCCAAAAUAUACAGUGACGUCAAGGAACGCCGUCGGCGCCAACUAAUCCUCAGGAACACCAAUCGGUCCUCACCCGAAAACGCAACGGUUCGGAUAACUCUUCCCAGCCAAGCUCAAGAAUCUUUAGCUAAUCUGCAGAAUGUUGAAUACCUAAAUCCCGAGGGCUUGUCCGCGUUCCCGUCCAACAAUUUGCACGAGCACAUGGAACUACGUCCAAUGAUUUCUAAUGCGUCGGACAUUUCUCCGCGUACACUUCAAGUAAGGCCUCCUGGGCGAAGUUUUGGCAGUUGGAAGGAAGGUGUCACGAGAUUGCCUCGACGAACUAUUCGCAUGUCCAUCCGAUUUCAACGUGCAGGGGGUUCUUUGAUCAAGUCCACUUUCCAAAGGUCAGCUGCCAAUACGAGCCGAUCGAGCUCAGUGUUGACGUCAUCCACUCGAAGAAAGAAUGAGGACAACCUGGCUGUCAUCUUCAUGGGGAUCAUCUUGAUAUUUCUGAUCUGUCACUUCCCUCGUAUUCUAUUGAAUAUCUAUGAAUUGGCCACCAUCCAUCGAUCUCUGGCUUGUGAGCUGGCCAAACGGCCCCAAUUCUCCUUGUGGUCUUUGCUCAUGAUUUCUGUCAGCCACGUGCUUCUAGUGGUUAACUCAGCUACAAACAUGAUUGUCUAUUGUGUGCUGAGUCGGAAAUUCCGCAUCCAGUUUAAAAAGUUUAUCAAGGGCUCCCUUCCACCUAAUUUUUGUGGCAUGGUCUCUUCUCAGACGUCCACAACGGUUGUACUUUAAAUAUAUCAAAUAUUGUGUAUCCGUCAGUAUUUUGGGGUCUCGAAUGGUGAUUCAACUAAUCAGAAAGAGAUUGAAAACCAACGCUAUGUAUUGACGCUUUCAUGGUACCAAGGCGAACGAAAUAUUGUUGGAUCUGAGUUGGUAGGUGUGAUAUUCCCUGAUGUUCCAUACCUCAUGAUUCUCUCAUAUCACUUACUUGACACAUAAACUCACCCCAAUAAACAAUCUCACUCUUGUCGUCUUGUCCAAAAAUGUACUUACGGCCUUCUUCAUGUGUUCCAUUCUCCGUCUAUCCCAAUCAUUACGUCAC